AUGGUGUGCCAUGUUAAAGACUGCACAGAUCCAGUCAGCACUGGUCCAUGGAGUUUCCUGCAGAUCAAGCAUAUGAUGGCUUUCAUUGAGCAGGAAGCCAAUGAAAAGGCUGAAGAAAUAGAUGCGAAGGCAGAAGAAGAAUUCAACAUUGAGAAGGGUCGUCUUGUUCAGACACAGAGGUUGAAAAUCAUGGAGUAUUAUGAAAAGAAAGAGAAACAAAUUGAACAGCAAAAGAAAAUUCAGAUGUCCAACUUGAUGAAUCAAGCAAGACUGAAGGUCCUCAAGGCAAGGGAUGACCUUAUUGCAGAUUUGCUGAAUGAGGCCAAGCAGAGACUUGCCAAGGUGGUGAAGGAUGCUGCCAGGUACCAGACACUGCUGGAUGGACUAGUUCUACAGGUCUGGUAUGGCUGUGCAUCAAACAAAACUGUCUCACUCUUGCAAGCUGGCCACGUCUGUCUGCUCGUUAUAUUUGAUCCAGUGAGGGAUCUGUACUCGGCAGUACUCACAGUUGGACUAGAUGAUCGCU